CCCUGUUCGCUUCAAUAUUCUUCAGACGUCGCCUAUACUUAACAGAAAGACUCGACCACAGAGAGACCGAAGUCCAUCAACAAUCUGAGAAACCGCCGAUGCCCAACUCCCUAUUCCAGUUUACAGCUCGAGCCUCAGAUUGGUGGAACAUCUUUCCGACCAGAGCGAAAAACAGCAGAUCUAAUUUCCCAUCGAUUCCGGAAUGCAGUACAUCAAGUCGGCCGCAUCGGCGCGCGACCAGGGCUACUUGGAUGUUGCAGCAUCAGCCAGUGACGCGGAAAACGGAAAGAAAGGGAUGACUAUGCAGCAAGACCGCCGACGCCCAUGGUUCACUUUGAGCUUUCUGAUUUCGACCGGCCUCAUCACUGCCCUGCUGCUUCUUCUUGUCGUGCUGCAGACGGACCACACCUCGAAAGAGGUCGUAUCUUGGCCUGAGUUCCAAGGCGGCUCCCGUGUCGUCGCAGACUGCGGCUACUCCCCGGAGGAAGCAAAGGCCAAGGGUUGUGUCUGGGAUCUCAUGAGCUUCGGCUGGACGCAUCCGGCAUGCUACAACAAAGCCGAGUCUGAGAAGUGGCUCAACGAUUUUGGCCCGUGGAAGUGGUACCUGGAUCUCAACGCAACCCAGGAAGUGGCGGAAAAGGACCUCCCGUACACGGAGCUGGUGUACGCCGAGCAAGGUUACCAUGUGCAGCACUGUCUGUACGUGCUGAAGCUUCUUCACCUGGCAGCAAUGACGGGCCAUCCUGUCACCGAUGAGGCUAUUCCUCUGGCACAUACCGGUCACUGCACGAAGAUGAUAUCCGACCCCGCCUAUUUGGACUUCAAACAUAUAAACACAAAGGUGGACUUGCUGUUGGCCAGAUGUGUUACUUUAGACUAAACCGGCAGCAUGGGUUGACCUUCGACUGGGCGUAUGUUGUAAGAACCAACGCAAUAUCUACUCUUCAGCCGCUCGUUUGAGCGGGCUGGCUUUGAUCUUUUCUUACUUCCACUUUCAAGCCUGUUUGCAGAUGGUUCUGAUAUCUUGGUGCCAAAUUGUGGUUACGAAAGCUCCAAACAAAGGGAACUCUUCGGUGACACAUCGUAGCUAGAAUAGGGAGUUCAAACACAC